ACAGACGCAUCCAGACCAGCAGGCGGCGGUAGAAGAAGGAGCCGGCACCCUGACAAUGAGAAAGGGACGUCGGUGUGCAUCAACAUGACCUUCUGCGCGUGUGGAUGAACCGAGCCGAGGCUCCGCGGUGCUGAACGGACAGCUCCUCGCUCCUCGAACAUCAGCAGACAUGUUCACCAGGAUGUUGAAACUGAGGCUCCUCAACGCUGUCGCGCCUGCCUACUUCUUCAUGGCCACAGCAGUCACUUUCAUUUUCCACUUCUGCUUCUUCAUCCCAACAAUCUUCCCCAAUCCGGAUACAUCGCUCAGUCUGCCCACAGCUCUUCACACAGUGGUUUUCCUCUUCUUGAUGUUCAAUGCACUGGGUAACUACAUCAUGACUAUUACAUAUCCGGCUGAAAGCGCCAACGAGACCGCGGUCCCGGUGUGUUCGGCGCACUGCUCGGACAAAGUGGACGCGCACUACCUCCUGAACGGUCGGCACUUCUGCAAACUGUGUAAGAAAGUCAUCCUGAAGAGGGACCACCACUGCUUUUUCACUGGAAACUGCAUCGGCAACAAAAACAUGCGCUACUUCAUCAUGUUCUGCAUCUACACCUCAUGCACUUGUUUGUACUCGUUGGUUCUCGGCGUGGCCUUUAUCACAGUGGAGUACUCCAUCUCCUUUGAGAACCCGCUGACCUUCCUGACUCUGCUCCCCCUCUCCACCAGUUACUUCUUCACAGGAACAAUCUCAGGCUUGCAGUUGUUCCUGGUGCUGAUGCUCUAUGUGUGGCUGGGCAUCGGCCUGGUCUGCGCAGGCUUCUGCUGCCAGCAGGUGCUGCUGGUGGCCCGGGGUCAGACCUGGUGUCAGAUGCAGAGGGGGCAGCUCGUGGAGAACCGCAGCCCUUGGAGAAGCAACCUUAAGGAUGUGUUUGGUACCCGCUGGAUCCUCGGCCUCAUCCUGCCCGUGCAGACGGCGGAGACAUGCUCCGAAGACACGGACGCACAUAAGCAAGACUGAGUGAUAACCACAUGUCCCAAUAGGCCACACAAGUGGCACAAGUUGUAGAAAAGGGUUUCUUGGGAUCCAUGUGGCGAUUGAUUUGAGAUACUAAAUGAAUGCUUUCUGACCUUUGCAGUAGUUUGUGAAUUAAAUAGCCGUUAGCGCGCAUUCAUUUAAGGAUAGGAGCCAUAUCUCAAUGUGAAACUUCUGAAUAGGCGCAUGGUGUAAGUAUCUCCUUUAAUAAGUAAGUAGCUUUGUAACACGGCAAUAUUGAGACUAAUAAGUUGGUGGUUUGGGACAUGCAGCAGUUUUUUCAUGCACCGCGACAUACUUGCAUCAAAAUACAGUAUAAAGACGGCUUUGCAUACUUGCUUGGGUUUCGCUUCACAUUUGUAUAUCAUGCUAUUGAUUUGAAGGCCUGCACCGCACGGUGCUUUGAGAUUAUCAAUCAAGUGUGUUGUUCCUUGUAGGCUGCUACAAUGUGACAUUCAGGAAACUUGGGGUAGUUUUCACAACAAUAACGUACUUUGAUGUUAAGGGCUAGGAGACAAAGAAACUACAGGAUGUGUCUACAGCAUAAACUGCCGGGCUUGACACCACUGUUUAGACAAUAAACUGUCACACGGUGAGACGGAUUUUUACUCAAAUGAAUGUGACUCAGACAGUACAGUCAUGUGCUCCUGUAUAAGAAUGGGUGGGGGAAAUGUAAAGAUUACAAUAUUAUUUUAUCCAGGGUAUUAUUCACAAUGUCUUGAAUGCUUCCAGAUGACCCCAAAGAUGAUGAGAAGAGGGUCCUCUGUUUAAUAAAGAUAAUAAUAGCAUUAGUAAUAAGGAUGUGUCACUGCAAUGCUGCUGCUACAGCUACUGGCGUAUUCAACAUCCUGUCAAAGCUGUUUUGGAUUUCAACAAAUAUACUUUUUAGAGCUAUUUUGUCUAUUCCUGUUAUACCAAUAAAAGUAUUAAAAUCCCA